AUGGCGUCCCAAGAGAAUCACCUUCUGAAGCAAAUAACCGAUUUGCACGACCAAAUCUCAAAACUGGAGAGCUUGUGCCCAUCCAAAGAAGUCGAUGCCUUAUUCGGACAGCUCACGGCCUUGUGCUUGCGCACAGACUCGGACAUCGACGUAACAAAGAUGAGUCAAGAAGUCCAAGACAUGAGAUACAAUCUCAUCAAGCUACGUAGUGAAGCCGUUGUAUGUUUAGAACAACACUUUUCCACCAUGUGGGGAUCUCUCGAAGACCCGCUUAACCACAUAAAUAUCUUCCCUACCUACACCAACUACCUCAACCUAAGCAAGAUCGAGUUCGAUCUCCUAACACAGUACACGGCCCGUGUCCCAACGAAGAUUGCGUUCGUGGGAUCGGGUCCUAUGCCCCUCUCGACCAUUAUUUUAGCUAAGUACCACCUCCCAAACACUAUGUUCCAUAACAUUGACAUCGACCCUCAAGCCAACGCUCUCGCCUCCCGUCUUGUCUCACGCGACCCUGACCUGUCCCAUCGCAUCAUUUUCCACACUACCGACUUACUCAACAUGACCAUGGAGAUGCUAGGUGGCUAUGACGUUGUUUUCUUGGCCGCUAUGGUUGGAACGGACAAAGAGGCAAAGGUUAAAGCCAUUGAGCAUUUGGAGAUGCACAUGGCACCUGGAGCGCUUCUCAUGCUUAGGAGUGCUCAUGGCCUUAGAGCUUUCAUAUUGAAGCAUGAAGUUACCGUUGCUUGUUGUCCAAGUCUUUAG